AAAAAAAAAAAAGAUAGAAAAAAAAUAUAGCGCAGGUCUUAUUUAAACGAGCGAACAAGCCACAGUGUGGUCGAUGACAAGUUAUGAUAAAGAAAGUUUAUUGGUGGAAAUCUGACAACUGGUUAGAGCCGCAGCUUGUAGUGUUUGCAUUGAUUCACAUUACGUGCGAUGCGUCAGGUACGUACAGGCACAUGCUGGUCGCACGCUUUAUCGCUCGAUUACAGAACUCGACUAGGAUUGUAUUAAUCAAACAGAUUGAUUUACAAGAGAAAACAAUAAACAUUCUAAAUGAUUUUGCUAUACUCUUUUUUCUUUCUUUUUCUUCAAGUGUAGCCAUUUUAAAUAACUUAGAUCAGCAUACAGACUAAGAUAUGCUGCCCAUUUCUGUUCCUGGCUGCUUUAAUUGGACAAAUCGCGGUCUUCUAAUCCAAGAGAUUUUGAAUUACAAAAAGUGUUCUUCUCUUUCUUUUACAUAUAUACAUAUAGUACAACUAUGACUUCAGUUCAGUUUACAGUAGGCAAACUCGAUGCCGGCAUGGCCAUCUUGUUAACAGAAGACCAUCAUCUUAUUGAAUUCCCUUCCCUUUUGCUUCCUAAAGGUGUUACCUCGGGCAGUAUUGUCAAUAUUGCAGUGAGUCGCAAUAUGACAGAAGAAGAAAAGAAAAUGAACGAAUUCUGGGAGUUGCAAAAGAAUAUCUUAGCCAUGUUUGGCAACCAAGAACCAGAACCACCUGUGGUACGCGUCAAGAAUAUUACUCAAACAUCACUUAUUCUUGAAUGGGAUCCUCUUUUAUUGCACACAGCUAAGCUCAGAUCACUUGAUAUCUAUAAGAACAACACGAAAUUAGCCCAGCAUGUACCUAACGAUACCAACUUUAUCAAAUUGUCUGGGUUAGAUGUAGAUCAUGAAUUUGAAUUUCAUGUAGUUAUCAAGACAACUGCUGGUGAAUACAGAUCCAACAAAAUAACAGCACGUACACACAAGAUGGAGAAUUUAACAGGUAUCCGUGUUGCAUUUGGUAUGUUUGAAGAACCUGAGCCUGCCGUAACAGAAUUGAAGGAGUUGCUGGCUAGAAUGGGUGCUUCUUACACAGAUGAAGUCAAUGUUGAAACAACUCAUUUGCUGGCUCAACUUCCUGGUGGCGCUAAUUAUGACCGUGCUGUGCAACAUUCUAUACCUAUUGUUAAGCCUGAAUGGUUGGUGCAGUGUGAUAGAAACAAGAAAAUUCAGCCUGCUCUUCCAUAUUACAUUGUAAAUGUUCCCAAUACAGAAUAAUUUUUAUUUUUAUUAUUAAAAUGAUAUUUAAUCA